AUGGUAGAGACGGAGAACCACCACCACCACCACCACCACCACCAUACGCCGCCUAGUCAGUCGGCGCCGCCGCCGGCAGUGGCUCCCCCGCUUGGUGCCGCCAGGGGUCCCCUUUACCCUCCGGCGGAGCAGCUCCUUCAGCUCCAUUACUGCAUACACUCCAACCCUUCUUGGGUACAAACGGCGAUUCUGGCUUUCCAGCAUUACAUUGCCAUGCUCGGGACAACUGUUAUGAUUGCCUCCUCACUCGUGCCUCGCAUGGGUGGUGGACAUGGUGAUACAGCUCGAGUGAUCCAGUCGUUGCUCUUCAUGUCGGGAAUAAAUACUCUCUUGCAGACGUGGUUUGGGACUCGACUCCCGACUGUCAUGGGCCCAUCGUUUGCUUAUUUUAUAUCAGUUUUGGCUGUCAUCAAUGAUUUUUCCGAUAGUAAUUUCUCAAACGAGCAUGAAAGAUUCUCUCACACUAUGAGAGCCAUUCAAGGAUCACUGAUAGUAUCUUCCUUUGUAAACAUCAUACUUGGAUAUAGCAAUGCCUGGGGAAACCUUACAAGAUUUUUCAGUCCGGUGGUUUUAGUACCAGCUGUCUGUCUAGUUGGUCUUGGCUUAUUUUCUAGGGGAUUCCCCCAGGUGGGAAACUGCAUUGAAAUUGGCUUACCGAUGUUGAUUCUCCUCGUGAUCUCACAACAAUAUUUACAGCACAUCCAUCCAGUUACGAGGCCCAUGCUCGAGAGAUUUGCUUUGCUGGUGUGUAUUGGGCUUAUUUGGGCUUUUGCUGCAAUUCUUACAGCUGCUGGUGCUUACAACAAUGUCAGGGAGCAGACCAAAUCGAGCUGCCGCACGGAUCGUUCUUUUCUCAUCUCAUCAGCUCCAUGGAUCAAGAUUCCGUACCCUUUCCAGUGGGGUACGCCUAUAUUCAGGGCAAGUCAUUUGUUCGGGAUGAUGGGUGCUGCACUUGUAUCAUCUGCUGAGUCAACCGGAACAUUUUAUGCUGCAGCACGGCUGUCUGGUGCAACCUCACCCCCUGGACAUGUAUUGAGCAGGAGUGUCGGUCUGCAGGUAUGGCCCACUUCACAACGUAAUAUUCCUUAUUUCUCUGAAACACUUUUGCAAGUAUCACAUGUCCAUUUUCAGGGGUUAGGACAGCUGCUUCAGGGGAUUUUUGGUUCUGCAGUUGGGACUGCUGCUUCAGUUGAAAAUGUUGGCCUCCUGGGACUAACUCGUGUUGGGAGCAGGAGAGUGGUUCAGAUAUCCACAGCUUUCAUGAUCUUUUUCUCAAUAUUUGGAAAAUUCGGAGCCUUUUUUGCAUCAAUUCCUUUGCCGAUAUUUGCUGCAAUAUACUGCAUCUUAUAUGGUAUUGUAGCUGCUAUUGGGAUUUCCUUCAUGCAGUUUACGAACAAUAACUCGAUGCGAAACAUAUAUGUGUUGGGCGUCUCCUUGUUCUUGGGCAUAUCAAUACCUCAAUAUUUCAUCAUGAACACAGAUGUAGCUGGGCAUGGACCUGUUCGGACGAAUGGAGGAUGGUUCAAUGAUAUAUUGAACACAAUAUUCUCGUCCCCACCAACUGUGGCACUAAUAGUUGGUGCACUGUUGGACAAUACACUCGAAGCUAGGCAUUCGGUUGACGAUCGAGGACUUCCAUGGUUGGUCCCAUUUCAUCGUAGGAAGGGAGAUAGCAGAAAUGAAGAAUUUUACAGCUAUCCGUUACGAAUAAACGAGUAUAUUCCCUCCAGAUUCCUCUGA